AUGUCCGCAGCCUUCGAUUACGAUGCGAAUCUCGCCAAAGUUUUGAAUGACCCCGAACGACUUAGACAGAGAUACGAUCCAUAUGAAGAUCCCGACAAUUAUACUACCGGAGAGUCAGAAGUUUUAACACCCAUAGAAUAUCUCGAACGCGGCCACGCCGUUCUUGAAGCUAACAGAACUGCUAUCAUUAAUACUUCUCACCAAGAUGUUGCAUAUCCCGACUGGAACAUUCGGUAUGCGAACGUCGACGGAGGUCACGACCGGGGAACCUCUGAGUUUUUCUCUAGAUUUGGCAUAGCAACAGUUCUCACGGAGCUUGGAAUCGAGCAUGAAGGUUAUUGCUGGUCUAGAUACAAUCUUUCUUCUAAAGAAGUUGUAAACCCGGCGAACAAGGAAAAGUAUCAAGAUCUCCGUUCUGUUAAUGUAGCUGCAAUCUAUGCAUCCGCGAAGUUUGGGACUAUUUUCACUCUGAACCAGUGGGCAGAUGCAGAUUUUGACAAUCCAGAUGUACAUACGCCCCGUCUCUGGAAUAGCGAGCUCUUGUUUCAAGCGUGGCGCGAUACAUGUGCUGCAUAUGUUUCCCCGAUUGGGGGGGAUAUGCAAAUUUUGCAACCUUUACAGAUGCAAAAACUCAAGUAUGUCAUCAUUGCCCCGAUCUCCAAUAACGGAACCUACGCAACAAUUUGUGAUGCACUCAAAAUCAAAGGACUUUCAAUCGAGGAUAACAAAUACAAUAUGGUUACUUUCUCAUGCAACGACAUUUCCAUAGCGAGUGCUGAGUUUACGAUGUUGAUGGGAACUACCAACGCAAGACCGGUCGCUAGAAUGCUUACUGAUCAUGUCGAGAGCUUAGGUGCGAAACGAGUUGUAAAAAUUUAUGCUUGGUUAUCCAUGCCCGAGUUCGAGUGUCCAAUGUUGAUUUUUGAAUUAGCGCGCGAUGAUCCUCUCGCUCAUGCUCCUACUCCUGUCCCUACUCCUGCUCCUACUCCCAAGAAGCUUGGUAGAAGAAUCAGUACCAAGGUACAAAACUUGAUGAAGAAGUUUCAAGGCUGA